UAUAUGUUUUAUUAGAAACUAUUGCAAUGUAUAAAAGUAAUUUGUAAGCUAUGUGUUUAGUGUGCUAAUGAAAAUAAAAUUUAUUUGGAAUUUGCUCAAGAAUAUUUUAGUAUUUAUAUAAAUCAAUGCAAUAUUUUAUGUGAAAUAAUAGUCAGUGUGCCAUAAUAAUUUGUCUAUUUCGAGUAUUUUGCAUUUAAACUUAAUAAAGUGGUUGAUUGUUUUGUAAUUGAGUACAUCGAGUGAGCAUCAGCUAGGUGUGAUGCUGUAAUCAAACAAAAAUAAAGUAGCAAUACAUGUUUUUUUUGCUGUGAUAUAAAAUAUUUUAUGCAGAUGCAAGAUAAAUAAGAUUCUUACAAAAAUAAAUAAAUUUUAAUGGUGCACGUCAUCAGCUAUAAUUUUGGUGUUUUGCAGUUUUGAUGAUAGAGCAUUAUUAUUUGCUGCUGAUUCUGCUGCCACUUGAAAAGCAGAUAUUAUAGCUGAAUUUAUCCGAUCUGAAUCAUCAAGUGAAAAAGAUAUUUAUAUAUCAAAUACAGCGCUAAAGCCACAAAAGCAGCGUCGGUUUAUAGAGCAAUGCGCAAAUUUAUUUAGCGACUGCAACAAAGCACUUGGGACAAUAAAAAAGUUCUCAUUACUGCCGUUCAACAGCACUGAAGUUGACAGCAGUUUUGCCCGCAUAUAUCAGUAAAUGAAGCAUUAAGUAAAUAUAUGCAAAAUAUAUUAUUAAUUAAAUAAAUAUAUAAGAAUAUACAAACAAUGCGCAACGUGAAAUUUGUAUUUAUAUACACGACAUUAACAUUGCUGACAGCAGCAGUGUUUGCAGCCAGUACAGACAUUUAUUUAGAGAACAAACUGGAAGGCCCGAAUGUAUGCAAGAAGCUCGAAACAUUUCCUGUUGAAGUAGUCACUACUGAGCUACAGUCUUAUCAAGAACGCAGCUCUGUUUGGUGCCUACAAAUACCCCCGAGAUGCUCUACAUAUCGUAUAAAUCACAAAGUUGUCAAUAAAACUCACACGAUCUAUAAACAACAAAUUAAAAGAGAUUGCUGUGAUGGUUAUAAAAUCAGUGCUAAUGGUACCGCGUGUGAACCGGAUUGCACUCAAAAGUGUCAACAUGGCAAAUGUAUUGCACCAGAUAAGUGCAAAUGCGACCACGGUUAUGGAGGACCUGCUUGUGAUAUAAAUUGUCCACCCGGUUUCUGGGGUCGUGACUGUGGUAAGCAAUGUGAUUGUCUUAACAAUGCCACGUGUGAACCUUACACUGGUGCUUGCGAAUGUGCCAAGGGAUACUCUGGUGAGAAAUGUGCUGACACUUGCCCCAAAAAUCGUUAUGGUUCUGAAUGCAAGGAAGUGUGCCGUUGUGAAAAUGGUGGCAGUUGCCAUCAUGUUUCUGGAGAGUGCACAUGUGCACCAGGCUUUACUGGACCCUUAUGCGAGGACCAGUGUCCGGAUGGAAAACAUGGUGCACAAUGUAAGCAAGAUUGUCGUUGUCAAAACGAUGGCAAGUGUGAUCCACAAAGCGGCGAAUGUAUGUGCCCACCUGGUUGGACUGGAGUAGUUUGUGCAAAUAAAUGUUCUGUCGGAACGUACGGACCAAAUUGCGAGAAACCCUGUGAGUGUUUCAAAGAAGCUCCAUGUCAUCACAUAACAGGGAAAUGUGAAUGUCCGCCAGGUUAUUUGGGUGAACGUUGUUUUGAUAAAUGUCCAGACAAUUUAUAUGGGUUGAACUGUACGGAAACAUGCAAUUGUAAAAAUGAUGCAACUUGUGAUAAGGCAACAGGAGUUUGUACAUGUAGUCCCGGUUGGCAAGGCGUUGAUUGUAGUGAACGUAUUUGUGAGUUAGAUAAAUAUGGCACAGAUUGUAAUAAAACGUGUGAAUGUUUAAUGGAUAACACAGAAAUGUGCCAUCCUUAUACCGGCAAAUGCAGUUGUAAAACUGGUUGGAGUAGUUUACAAUGCAAUAGACCAUGCACAUUCUUAAAGUACGGACCCAAUUGUGAAUUAAAUUGUAAUUGUAAAAAUAAUGCUAAAUGUUCGCCUAUUAAUGGUACGUGUAUUUGUGCACCUGGCUAUCAGGGAGAAACUUGUGAAGAAAGCUGCAAACCGGGAUCCUAUGGACAGGAUUGUGCUCAGAAAUGUGAUUGCAAAAAUGGCGCAAAAUGCGCACCUGAAACAGGUCAAUGCUUCUGUACGCCAGGUUGGAAAAAUAUCAAAUGUGAUCGUCCAUGUGAUAUAAACCAUUAUGGAAAGGAUUGUGUUGGUGUAUGUGAUUGUCAUAAUAAUGCAUCGUGUAAUCCGCAAAAUGGUAGUUGCACUUGUGCUGCUGGCUGGACUGGCAAGAAAUGUGAACGAAAAUGUGACUUUGGAACAUUUGGUUUGGAUUGCGCACAAAAAUGUGAAUGCGAUCCUCAAAAUACACUGGCCUGUGAAGCUGUCGAUGGGAAAUGUAUAUGUAAACCAAGUUGGGGAGGUGUUCAUUGUGAAACAAAUUGUCCAACUGGUUUUUAUGGUGAAAAUUGUGAUCAAGUUUGCAGAUGUACGAAUAAUUCAUCUUGUGACCCAAACACUGGACGCUGCAUCUGUUCGCCUGGUUGGCUUGGAGAGGACUGUUCCCAACCUUGCUCAAAAGGUUAUUACGGCAUGGGCUGUAAAGAGAAAUGUCCUGAGAUAAUGCAUGGUAACAAGAGCUGUGAUCACAUAACUGGAGAAAUAAUUUGCCGCGCUGGUUAUAUUGGAAUAACUUGUGAACAUCCAUGUCCUACUGGUCGUUAUGGUCCUGGCUGUACGCUAAAGUGCCAUUGCGAGCACGGUGGUGAAUGUAACCAUAUUACUGGAAAUUGUCAAUGUUUGCCUGGUUGGACUGGCCCCAAUUGCAACGAUUCAUGCCCCACAGACUAUUAUGGCAUAAAUUGUUCACAGCGCUGUCGCUGCCAGAAUCAUCAAGGCUGUCGCAAGAAUGAUGGUCUAUGUAUAUGUCUACCUGGAUGGAUGGGCUCACGUUGUGAUGAAGUUUGUCCGGAGGGUUUUUAUGGUCAACACUGUAUGUUACCAUGUACUUGCUCCUCACAAAAUUUUGUAUGCCAUGCUGCUAAGGGUUGCGUUUGCCGUCUAGGCUAUACUGGUGAAAAUUGUGAUGUACCAACCAAUGCGUUACAAAUACAGCGAGCUGAUCUGGAAUCUAAUCGUACUGGUCUUGCGUGGGGCUUAGUAUUGGGUUUAAUUUUCGUAGGAGUGAUUAUAGCUGUUAUAUUUUAUUAUCGUCGACGUGUAUCCAAUUUGAAAACUGAAAUUCAACAUGUGCAAUAUAUCAGUGACACAUCACAAGGUUGGCCGGAUAGACACAAUUUCGAUAAUCCAGUUUAUGGCCUACAAGGUGCGGAUUCACGUUUGCUCAAUAAUUUACGACCGAAAAUGAACAAUCUAGAUUGCAAUGGUAGUAUGGUAUAUGGUGAUGAUUCAAAUGCAAGCAGUAGAGCUGGAACUUAUUCAAUAAAUUACAACAGUGACAUGCUCACUAAAAAUUUAAAUGCCGAUCUAACGAAUCCUAAUGUUUACAAUUGCAUUGAUGACGCUUUAAAAGAAGAGCAUGUUUAUGAUGAAAUUAAACAAAAAGAAGGUUAUAAGGAUCCCGUCAAAGAUUAUCGGAAGAAAUUGUUUCCUGAUGGUAAGAAAGCACUAAAUGCAAGACUCAUCAACAUUACUCGCUAUGAAUAUGAUCACUUAGACUACUCCCGACCGAGUACCUCUCAGAAACCGCAUUAUCACCGCAUGAAUGAUACUAUGUUAAAUAUCAAUCAUGCUGAAGAAAAACCAAGUAAUCUAAAAACAAUGGAUGUGUUAUUGGAAAAGGGUUUUCUUGUUCCAGACGAAAAGGAAGAAAAUGAAACGUGUGAUAGUAUUUGCGAUAACACAAACUUAUCAACAACAUCGACAGCAUCACCAAGUCCAAGCCCAAAACAUGCGAAAUGAGAAUGGACAGUAUAAAUAAACAUUAUAGCAAUAUAGUUCAAUUAUAAUCUUAAGAUAUAAUAAAAUUGAUGUUUUUAACAUUUAUUUAGUGCUGCGUCUUCGAAUUCCUAUGUUUAUAUUUUUUUAUUAAUUUUUUUAUAUAUGUUAAUGUAUAAUUUUUUUAUAUAUGUGCUUGUAUAAUUACUUUUGAUGUAGUCAGUAAUUAAACAAAAU